AUGUUGCCCUCGCGGAAUCCGGCGUUUCCCUCGUCUUCUCUGUUUCCGUCUUCGGUCCGUAGUCAUCCGUAUCAGAGCGUCUCUGCUGGCUCAGCGGCGCAACACGUCCUUCCGCAUGCGCCUCGCCGCGGAACAACGGCAGCCUCGUUUCCUUCCUUUUCUCACGCGUCGCCGCCUCCUCCCCCCAUCAACUCUGCGGGGUUCUUCCACUCUGCCCACGCCUCUGCGCAGUUUGCAGCCUUCCCUUCUUCUCCUUCUUCCUUGCAAGCAUCUGGCCUGCGUCUCCAGAUCCAAAACGUCGACUUGCAAGUCUCGUCUCUCCCUCGCGAAAAGCAUGCAAACCUUUUCUGUCCCAUCUGCUCACGGCCCUGCGUCGAGCGAUACCGAACUGUCCCCUGCUACCAUGUAGCAUGUGGCGCGUGUGCAGAAGAACUCCAAGAAGCAGGCAGAUGCUCGAUGUGCGGCGCGGGCGUGACCAGCCUGGAGGUUCUCCACCCUUUGGAUGAGCUGUAUAUUUGCCGAGAAACGGGCGACUGCUUCGCAGCGUUUCUGAACCCCAACUCGCUCGCGUACCACGUGCAGACGGUGCACCAACUGCCUGCGCUCCAGCCUCUCGUCGACGCCGUGGCAGCUUCUCGGGAUUCCGGAGACACGAAGGCCCUCAAGCAGUUUCUUCAUCAGCUGCGAGAAGACGAAAGAAAGCAGUCUGCCUCUUCCAGUCAGAUGCGUCUUUCCUUCCCUGCUUCGCCUGUGGCUGCUACCGCCGCCGUGUCUUCGCUUCCAGCUGCGCCUCCUGGAAGGCCUGUCCCCGGUGCGGGUGAACCAGCUGGGUCGGCGGCCAGUGCUGCCUCGGUUCCCGCGCCCUCCUCGUUGCCGUCUUCUGCCUUUUCCAGUGUACGUACACCCGGUCUCCAGGCGCCCUCGGUGGAGUCGCAACAGAACAAGGCGGAUCAAGGAGUUGUCCCUGCGGGCCUCCAGGACGCUUCGCUCGCGAGAACGACAGAAGACACACGCGAAGGGCGAGACGGCGGGGCUGCCUCAGGUGUAGGUACACCAGGGGGCGGCGGAGGACAAGGCAGAGAAGACGGCAGAGCCCCUCCGCAGCCGAUAAGAACUCCAGCGCCGAUGACAGCGUCUCCGGUGGCGAUGGAGGAAGAAGACGAAGAUCUCGAGGGUGUUCUCUAA